GGGGUGGGUAAUGCCCGAGAUAAGCAGGCCUGGCCAGGACUAAUAUGAGGCGAGAGGCGGUUUCACGUGCAUUUUCUCGCUCGCUGCCGCCAUGCUGAGCCUCGUCGCAGUCUUGAGCCUCGCAGCCCUCGCGCGGGCCGCCCCCGAGCCCCUGGAGGUGUCCGAAAGUCUGUCCCUGGAUAAUGGGCUCAACAGGGGUGACUGGGGACCCAUCGAGCUCUGCGCGACUCGCUCCUUCGCUUACGGCUUUCAGAUCAAGUACCAGGACCUUGGCUACGUGGACGACACGGCCGCUAAUGGCCUCAAGCUCUACUGCCGCGACGGACUCGGCGCCACCACCGGCUACAUCACGAGUCUCGUUGGGAACCAUGGCACGUGGCGAAAUAUCCUUCAGUGCCCAUCGUCCGCGUAUGUGGAGGGCGUGCGGGCGUACGUGUUGCCCGACCAAGGCAGCAUACACGACGACCUGGGCGUGGACAACGUGCAGCUGUGGUGCAGCGAAGGGACGAUCCUGGACGGGAAGAACAGGCUGACAGCGCGGGCGGCGGAGAAGGCGGCGCCCACGGACGAGCUUCUCGAAAGGGCGGAGAAUCCGGAAAUUCAGAGAGAAAGAAUCACUGUUGACGAAAGAGAAGUUGAGGCCGUUUAUCUGAAGGCCGGUCAUGCAGGAACGCCUCGGAUCGACGGAGUGUGGAGCCUGUGGGCGUACUGCUCGAGCGGCAACUACGUGUGCGGCCUGGAGACGCGCGUCGAGAAGGAGUCCACGCUCACGGACGACGCCGGCCUCUCCGACUUCGUGCUGUACUGCUGCGUGCUUUAGGCCGAGCGCACCCUCGAGGAGGGGUGGGGCACGGACGCUCGGGAAUCUGGCGGUUGUUCGGGUUCCUGGUUUGGUGUCUGCGGCGAGAGCGGAAUCGGGCUGUUGGACCGGAAUAAAACGUUGGUUAUCUUA